AGCUGGCCUGACACCACUCUCCCCUCUCUCCAAACAGGGGCCCUCGCGGAGCUGCUGCUGGUGCUGCUGGGGCUGAAGGUGCCUGGGGCUGCCAGCUGCCCCACUGACUGCGUUUGCUACCCUUCACCCAUGACCGUCAGCUGCCAGGCCCACAACUUCGUCACCAUCCCCGAGGGCAUCCCUGAGGACAGCGAGCGGAUCUUCCUGCAGAACAACCAGAUCACCCUGCUGCUGCGGGGCCACUUCAGCCCCUCCAUGGUCACCCUCUGGAUCUAUUCCAACAACAUUACCUUCAUCGACCCCAACACUUUCGAGGGGUUCGUCAACCUGGAAGAGUUGGACCUGGGGGACAAUCGCUACCUGAGGGCUUUGGCAGCCAACACUUUCCAAGGGCUGGUGAAACUCCAUGCCUUGUACCUGUACAAAUGCGGGCUCAGCUCCCUUCCCAGUGGGAUUUUUGGUGGCCUCCACAACCUACAAUACCUUUACCUGCAAGACAACCACAUUGAGUUCCUCCAGGACGACAUUUUUGUUGACUUGGUGAACCUCAGCCAUCUUUUUCUCCAUGGAAACAAGCUUUGGAGCCUCCACCAGAACACAUUCCGAGGGUUAAUAAACCUGGACAGGCUCCUCAUCCAUCAGAAUCAGCUGCAGUGGAUUCAUAGGCGGGCGUUCCACGACCUCCGGCGACUGACCACCCUGUUCCUGUUCAACAACAGCCUCUCGGAGCUGCAGGGGGACUGCCUGGCCCACCUAGGGGCCCUUGAGUUCCUCAGGCUGAACGGAAACCCCUGGAGCUGCGACUGCAAGGCCCGCUCGCUCUGGGAAUGGCUGCACCGUUUCCGGGGCUCCAGCUCCAACGUCAUCUGCGAAUCCCCCGAGCGGAUGCACGGCAAGGACCUCAAAGUGCUGAGGGCGGAAGAUUUUAGGAACUGUUCGGGCUCGGAGUCGCUCCACCAGAUCAAAACUUUCUCAGCUGCAGACAGAGGAGCCUCCAAAGCCCACCAUCCCCACCACUCCUCCAAGGAGAAGGGUGGCGAGAAAGGUUUGCACAGCAGCCAUCCUGCAGCCCGGCCGGGACCUCGCCGCCCUGCCAAGAACUGCACCAGCCACAAAAACCGCAACCGAACCCUUAAGCCGGGAUCGCUGGGGCCACGCAAAAGCGGGCACGAGUUUCCCGACUACGUGCCUGACUAUCAGCACAAAUUCAGCUUCGGCGUCAUGCCCACCGGGCUCCCGAAACGAAAAGGGAAGUGCACCCGGCGGACGCCCAUCCGUGCGCCCAGUGGGGUGCAGCAGGCGGCGGGUGGCUGUGCAGGACUCGUGGCCUCGCGCCUGGUCUUUGUGCUGGUCUUGGUGGCCAUCAUGCGCUGAGCUUGGCCACGGCGGAGCGGAUCUGCGCUGCGACCCGUCUACGAAGGACCAGAGUUUCUUUUCUUCUUCUUUUUUUGUACGUGGAGAAGUCUGCGGGUCGCGGACUGCGGCGGGCGGGCGGAUGGAAAGGUGUUAGCACACAUUGCGGCCAACAGCCGAGCCCUGCACCAUGAGACAAAGCCAACCUUACCCAACCGGAUCGUGGGGACCGCCGGUGACGACGGCCGGACAAAAUGGAAAAUUGCAAAUUCCCGUUGAGCGACCCUGCCGAUGACAGAAAGAAACAUAAUUGCUGUAAAAACGAUCACCAAUUAAGCCUACACUGUUUCUCUGAAAGUGAGUGUGUGGACACUUCUACUCAUUGUAAUAAGGACAUUGGUUCUCCCACGUUUCAGCCCUUUUGGCUCCAAUCCCACAGGCCAACGUUGGCUGGAAAUCUCUUAGAAGACAAUCUCAAAACCCUGAAUAUCUCAGGCACUACAGCAGAACAAGGCUUGCCUGCUGGGCUUGGAGUAGCCAACUACCAAAGGAAAGACUGGUUAGAAGUGGAAUAAUUAAAACAAAACAAAGCAAAACAAAAACACACACACGAAAAAAUGAACCUAAGGAAAUGAAGUACCUGCGAGGAGGUGCGUUUUUUGUAACCGCGUUCACACAUCCAACAAACAAAUCCGACAAAUGCACAGGCCCUCCCCUCUCCUCAAUUAUCCAUAUGUAUGUCUUAUAAUGUUUAUAAACUAUAUGGAAACUAUAUCUUCAGAACUAAGGAUUGUAUUGUUGAAUUUAUAGCAGAACAGUAUAUCCUUUUCUCAAGACCACAAUCGGCAGCAGUGCCU